GUAAUGUGAUCAUUUGAUCCAGUUACAUCACUUUUCCACGUGUGGUUAAAUGUAAUCAGUAUAAUCAGUAUAAGCUCUGCGUUUGUACAUGAAAAACGGGACACUCAGUGAUCAUCUUUAUGGUUCUGAGUAUGAUCCACUCCCAUGGAAGCAGAGGCUAAAGAUAUGUAUUGAUGCAGCUCGUGGAUUACAUUACCUUCAUACUAGAGUAAAGCCAGCAAUAAUUCACAGUGAUGUUAAGAGCAGCAAUAUUCUAUUGGACUACAAUUUGGUUGGUAAGCUGUCUGAUUUUGGGUUGUCCAAGAUGUGUUUACAACUUUCAUGCUUUAGCACGUCAAAAGCUUUGGAAAAAGUAGACUCAGUAGUGAAGGGCAGUAACGGUUGUUUGGAUCCAGAGCAUCUUAAAGAUGGUGGACUUUCAAAAGAAAGUGAUGUGUACUCGUUUGGGGUUGUUUUAUUUGAAGUGUUGUGUGCUAGAAAGGUAUUUGAUCCAACAUUGGACGAGGAUGAACGACAUCUAGUUGAUUGGGUCCGUCGGUGCAUAGGUAGAGGAACCAUUUAUAAUAUCAUUGAUCCAUAUCUGAAGGGGAAGAUAGCUCCAGGGUGUUUUCGGAGAUUCAUGGAUCUUGCUUAUUAUUGUACCUGUUUGGAGGGAAAUACAUGGCCUGAGAUGGAUGAAGUGGUGCUGAUGCUAAAGCUUGCAUUGGAGAUGCAGGAAAAUGCGGAUUCCGAAAUGAAAAAUCUUGAUCCUCAUGGUGAUUGUAUGUAUGGAGAAAUAUCAUAUGUACAUCCCUGUUCCUGGUCCUAAUUUACAUGUGGAGAGUAACAGUAGUACAUCACAGUUUGAAACGGGGGCAAGCGAUUUGGAUUCCAGCAGUACAUCACUUGGAUCUUUAGUAAAUACCACUUCUACAAAAUAAAAAAGAAGAAAAUUGUGGCCAUUUUUUGGCUUUGUGAAUGAAGUGUGAGAAGAGGCUGAGCCAUGGACUGAAGAGAAUAGGUUCUUUUCUUUUAUAGAACAUGAUGGCUUUUGUUUUUGAUAUUUUAUUGCUUUCUAGAAAUCAAGUUAGAAUUUGCAUGGAAAUUGCUCCCAUUUUUUCUCACUGGAUGCCUCAAAUUUUCUUAUAAAUGUUAAGAUUU